UGUGAAAAUGACAUAAAUAACCACAGGCUUAACCUUCCAACCUCGAAGUAAAAACGGCCUACCAUCACACAGCGUCUGUCAUCAACACCGAGAACAUUUCCAACGCAAACAGCCUUCUUCCACAUCAGCAUGGUCUCCUUUACCGCCUUCGUCAGCGCCAUCGCGCUGGCCUUCAUUCCCAGCGUCGUCGCCGCACCCAGUGCCCAGCAGCCCAACAGUCUCGUCACGCGCCAGAAUUUCCCAUGGCAGUGGUGGACUGAAGGCCGGGGGCAGUUCAACUGCCAGCAGCAGGGAGGCGGAAAGUACUCUUGCUCAUGGAGCGGACAGCAAGGUGGCGGCAUGGUGGCUGGAACCGGUUGGGGCGCCGGCAGGAAGACGGUGAAAUACGCAGGACAAUACAACCCCAAAGGCCCCGGCUACCUCUCCCUCUACGGCUGGACCCGAAACCCGCUGAUCGAGUUCUAUAUCGUCGAGUCGUGGGACGUGCUGGCCCCCGGCGAGCCCUGGACGCUGCGCGGCAACUUUACGUCGGACGGUGGCAACUACGCCCUCUACACCGCCCAGCGCGUCAACAAGCCGUCCAUCGAGGGCACCCGGACCUUCACGCAGUACUUUUCCGUACGGAGCGAGGCCGAGAAGAAGACGGGCAGCGUCGGCGGCACAAUCACCACGGGCAACCACUUCGACGCUUGGGCUAGGAUGGGAUACCGGCUGGGCAACUUUGAGCAGAAUAUGUUUAUGGUUACCGAAGCGUUUGCCAACGGGACCAAGCUUCCCAGCGGUACCAGCACCAUCACGGUCAGCUGAUUGGGAUAGAAGCAGUGCUGAGUUUAAUUCUAAAGCAGUGUUUUGGCAAGGGGUUGUAUAAAGUAUCACAUGAUGGAGACCUCUCCCAUUUUC